ACAGAGUGACAGUGAUGCAAGAGUGACGAAAGUUGCGUUAGACUCGGAUCCUGUCUCCAAUGGUAAAAGCUUACAUUCUGCAAUGCACACACAAAUCUUGGUCCCCCACCCCCCUCCCUUCUCUCUCCUCUAUUCUAAAAAGCAAAAGCUCUUUCGCCAAUGAAUAACUGCGACUGUUAAUUACUGCUAGCCAAAUUCCCCCCCCCCCUCUCUCUCUCUCUCUCUCUCUCUCUCUCUCUCUCUCCAGGGAUAUGGAUGACUAUGGACCUCCAGAUCUCCGGCAUCUGAUGGCCUCAAAAACCCAGUUUUGUAAGCCCUUACAAUUCCCAGAGCAAUUUUCAGUACACCUCAAUCUUACGCCUCCACCGCCACCGCCGCCCCAUUAUCAUCACCACCCCAUAGCGGUAGGCAGUGAGAUUGUUGCAGCUGCUGGCUUGCUUGAUCAUCAUCGUUAUACUAGUAUGAUCACUACAACUGCUUGUCAUCCUAGUAUUACUAUUAGUGGUAAUGCUUCUGCUGCUGCUGCGAUGUAUGGGAUAGAGUCGGAGCAUGGAUGGAAUAAUAUUGAUGGAGCAAAUAAUAAUAAUAGUAGAUGGCCAAGACAAGAAACCCUUACUCUUUUGGAGAUUAGAUCUGCUCUUGAUUCCAAGUUCAAGGAGACUAAUCAGAAAGGACCCCUGUGGGAUGAAGUCUCUAGGAUAAUGGCUGAGGAACAUGGAUUCCAGAGAACUGGGAAGAAAUGCAAAGAAAAGUUUGAGAACUUGUACAAGUACUACAAGAAAACCAAGGAAGGGAAGUCUGGGAGGCAAGAUGGGAAGCACUAUAGGUUCUUUCGUCAGCUUGAAGCAAUUUAUGGAGAUCAUCAUCAAAGUAGCAAUCAGUCCUCCAUUUACGGUAAAUCAAACUCUCUUCUUUGUCACACUACUCCGAGUGGCAGUUUUGACCGAGAUCAAAACCAAGAAGAAGUAGUUGUGCAAGACCAAAAGAUUAUAAGCUGCGAGAGCCUUAGUUCCAAUAACUCAACUGAAUUUGAUCAAACCCCACCCUCGGAGAACAACGACGACAAUGAGUCACUUUCAGCUAUUGGUUAUUUCAUGAUGAAUCAGUCAAUGGAGAGCCUUAAGAAUGAGAAUAAAAGUUAUGCGACCCAGGUAAAGAAGAAAUGGAAAGCAAAGGUGGAGGAGUUUGUGAGUUCACAAAUGGGGAAGGUAAUGAAGACCCAGGAGGCAUUGAUGGAGAAGAUGGUAAAGAGUAUUGAAGAUAGUGCGGAUGAGAGGAUAGCUAAGGAAGAAGAAUGGAGGAAGCAAGAGGCGGCCAAGUAUGAGCGAGAAGUGCACGAGUUUUGGGCUAAGGAGAGAGCAUGGGUUGAAACUCGAGAUGCGGCGAUAAUGGAGGCUCUAAGCAAAUAUACAGGCCAAGGAGCUUACAACAACAAUGGCAAGGACGAUAUUGCAAAAGAAACUGGUAAUGAUAACAGGAAGAAUUAUCCUAGAUGGACUGAACAUGAAGUUGCAAGUUUAAUACAGCUGAGGACUAGCUCGGAACUCACAUUCCAAGAAAGUGAGUAUCUGAAGGAGGGGGGAGUGUGGGAGGAGAUAGCUGCAAAAAUGGGUAGUUUGGGCUACACAAGGAGUGGAGGGGAGUGUAAAGAGAAAUGGGAGAAUAUAAGCAUUUGUUUUAGAAUGACAACAGAAUGGAACAAGAUGCACAAACAAGAAACGAAGACUAAUAACAUGUACUUUAGUCAGAUGUCUUGUUAUGAAGAAGGCCCGGAAGUUUGGAAUCAAAGGCAGGAUGGGAUGGGAGUUCAACUAAUGGAUGAGGGAGUUUCACCAUCGUGUUCUAAUAUGGAUGUGAACUCUAGCUCAUUGCACAUUCCAUUUAAUGGAGGAGAAAACCUGUGGGACGAGAGAUACUCUCAUGUAACCAACUCACCGCGUGACAACUGUUAAUUGGACAGGUGAUGCAUUUUUUGAACACAUGAUACACAUCUAUUAUACUGGUGAAAAGGAACCAGUAUGGAACUGUGAAGCUCAUCAGCAAUGGAAAAAGAACCAGUACUAAGUUUAGAGCAAGGUAAUUAAUUAAUUAAAGAGAUAAUUGAGUUCUUUCUAUGAGUAAAUAAUAAAUAUGUGACUUAAUUCUUA